AUGGCGAAAGGGGAGUCCAUUCUACUCUUUCUCCAGAAACAUUCCAACAUCCUCUCUUUCACGUUGCAAGCGUGUAAUUUGACCACUGGCUCAUGGACACCGAUAUUUGCUCAUCUGGACCAGUCGACGCCAGAGCUAGAAAACCUCAACCUCUCGACCCUAUGUGGAAACCAUAUGCAGAAUUUCCAGUAUGCACCUAGGGUUGCUCACGUCGGUUCAAAUGAGACAGAGCAACAGCAAGACGAGGGCAAGGAGGAAGUCGAUGGGUUGACUAGUUCAAUCGAGCUCUUGAAAACAGGUUUGGUUAGGCCGACAUCGCCCCAAGCUAUCAUAUCAGGUGCCGCCAAGUGGAACGUCCACCGUAACUAUUAUCAGUUGUUCCCGCCAGAUAUCCCUCCCUUCCUGCUCCAGGACAGUAUAGAAAUCGAUAUGGACGAAGACAAGCCCCACUACGUCUAUUCGCACAUUGAGCCCGAUGAGUUCCGCGUCCUCAAGAUUAUUGAGGUACAUCCCCAGAUUCGGUUCACUCUAGAAACGUUCUCCAUUUACGAGGCCCCGGGAUAUGAGGCCCUGUCGUAUGCAUGGGGUACCUCCCCGGAAAUGGAAGAGGGCGUUUGUAACGGUGCGCACUUCCGUAUUUCGCGGACUCUGGGUCAAGCACUGCGCGGACUCCACGCACAUUCUGGAGGCGGAUGGAUAUGGGUGGACGCCAUCUGUAUCAAUCAGACCGACGCAGAGGAGAAGGCGCACCAGGUCGCGGGAAUGGGAGAGCUCUAUUCCUGCGCGGAUCAGGUCCUAAUCUGGCUAGGAGAUGCAGCUGACCAGAGCGAUCUGGCGUGUUCGCUGUUGCCUGAACUUACGGAAAGGAUUUGGUCAUUGAAGGAGAGCGAUGGAGGUUGGAGACCGCUAAGCACGGACGAUAUCGUAAAGCACGGACUUCCGCAUCCCGAGGAUCUGCUCUGGCAUGCCGCGUUGUUACUCUAUAGUCGGGCCUGGUUCCAGCGACUCUGGAUUGUUCAGGAGGUCGUCCUGGCGCGCGCGUGUAUAUUUCUAUGCGGCACGCGGCUGAUUGAAUGGCAUGUUCUCGUGAAUUUUGCCAUCGCGACGUCAAGAUCUUUCUUCAUCAGCAAUAUCGCCGGCUUACACGUUAAGGCUAUAGGUGAGCAUCAGAUGAAACGGUCGACGAACGGCAUCAGACUCAUCCGGAACGCAUACCGGUUGAAGACAGGGUUGGAGCAGGUUGAAAAGGAGAUAGAUGGUCUCCAAGCGACAAUGGACAUCAUGCAGAGUCAGGGUGCAUCCGUGAAGCUGGACUAUGUCUAUGCGGUUCGAGACAUGCUUCCAGACGCCCUGCGUGAGAAGGUGGCGGUCGAUUACUCCGAGGAUGCUAAGCAUAACUACGGAAUGAUUCAUGCCAGGUUUUUCCGGCAAUGCUUAAAGAGGGUCGGAGAUUGGCCAUCAUUACGUUUCCCUCCAAAGAUGGACCGUGAUAAUAUCCCUUCAUGGUGUCCCCCUUGGGGCAGCGGCUGGAAUGACGGCUAUCUGCCCGUCGUGGGCUGUAGAGCUGGGAGACCAGCUGCAACGUCCCUCCCAUCGUCGUCAUGUAGCCUAUCCCUUACGGCCAGUGAUAAUGAUGACGGGAUUCUGUGUAUUGCUGGCAUGUCUGUGGAUACGGUCGGAGAGAUUGUUCCGCUCAGCCUGGUAUUCGACGAGAGCUCAAGCGUUCUAUACGCACGUCGAGUCUUGACAGCCCUCAAGGACUGUUCGGCCCACAUUCUCGACGGCCCAGACGUCCACCAACGCCUCUUGGGCGUUCUAAUCGGACAGUGUGGCUGGCUCGAGUCACCCCAAUUCUCUCAGUGCCCAGACCACGAUAUUCUAAACAGUUUGAUCACAUUCCUGGAGCAUCUUUCACAAAACGAAGAGCAUGAACGUCAGGCCGAUUCAGGUCUUGCUGACCUAGACACGGUUGAAUACGUUCUUGGCCAGCAUCGGUUCUGGCGCAGCUAUCUCAAUCUCAUAAUGUUUCGAUGGCCAGGUAGAAGUUUUGCUUUUACCACAAACGGCCGUAUGGCGAUCGUACCAUGUCACACCAAGCCUGGAGAUACCGUGUGUGUCUUCCUGGGAGGUACACUUCCGCAGGUUGUUACUCGGCACGAUGACGGCGAGCACUGGAUAUAUAUCGGGCCUAGUGUUGUUGACGGCAUCAUGGAAGGUGAGAUCUUUGAUAUCGGGGAGAAUUGGAUGAAAAAGAAGGAGGUGUUCUGCUUGAAGUAG